AUGAAUAAAAUGAAUUUUGUCUUACCAAAUAGAUAUAUAUCAAAGUGGUUUAAGAAAAGAAAUAAUUUUGAGAAAGAAAAGAAUGGCAUUAGUAAGUUAUUGACCUUAAUACUAAGUGGUGGUAGUUCUGCUACUGCUGCUGCUGUUGGAUGGUGUUUUUUGAAAGAUGAAGAGAAUAGAAGCAAGCUUCGGUUAGAUUGUAGGGAUUUAAAAAAGAGCAUAUAUAGUAUGUUAUAUAAUGUUAGUAAUAAUAAUAAAAAUAUUUUUUUUGAGAAUAGUGUUUAUUGUGAUAAUUCGAAAAAGAAUUUUCAACAUCCAUUAUGGAGAUCAGAGGAGAAGAGACCUAUUGAGAAAAUGGAAAAUGCAAUAUUAUUUAGUGGUUCAUCAAAUCCUUUAUUAAGUAAAAAUAUAGCUGACCAUUUAGGUACAAAUUUAGGAAAAGUAAACUUAAAAAGAUUUGCCGAUGGGGAAGUGUCAAUGCAAUUUAUAGACAGUAUAAGAGGAAAGGAUGUAUAUAUCAUACAACCAACCUGUCCACCAGUAAAUGAAAAUUUAAUUGAAUUAUUGCUGAUGAUAUCGACAUGUAGAAGAGCAUCAGCAAAAAAGAUUACUGCUGUUAUUCCAUAUUAUGGUUAUGCUAGACAGGAUAGAAAAUUAAGUUCAAGAGUACCCAUAUCCGCAGCUGAUGUAGCAAGAAUGAUAGAAGCUAUGGGUGUUGACAGAGUAGUAGCUAUUGAUUUACAUUCUGGACAAAUUCAAGGUUUUUUUGGACCUAGAGUACCUGUAGAUAAUUUAGAAGCACAAAUAAUUGGUUUAGAUUAUUUUACAAAAAAAGAUUUAUAUAAACCUGUUAUUGUUUCACCAGAUGCUGGAGGAGUUUAUAGAGCAAGGAAAUUUCAAGAUGGUUUAAAUCAUAGAGGUAUAAGUGAUUGUGGUAUUGCUAUGUUAAUAAAACAAAGAACAAAACCAAAUGAAAUUGAAAAAAUGGAUUUAGUAGGUAAUGUUUAUGAUUCAGAUGUUAUUAUUGUUGAUGAUAUGAUUGAUACAUCUGGUACAUUAUGUGAAGCAGCAAAACAAUUAAAAAAACACGGAGCUAGAAGAGUUUUUGCCUUUGCUACUCAUGGACUUUUUUCAGGACUAGCUAUUGAUAGAAUUGAAAACUCUCCAUUAGAGGAAGUUAUUGUUACUGAUACGGUUAAGGCGAACAAAAAUAUUGAUAAUUGCAAGAAGAUAACCAAACUAAGCGUUUCUGUGCUCGUUGCUGACGCUAUUAGGAGAAUUCACCAGAAGGAAUCUUUGAACGACCUUUUUAACAUAAAGGGGUAG